AUACAUAAACCCCUACCAAAAUCCCUCAUUUUCCCAGAGAAAUCGAAAACCCUCGUUAGUGAAACCAAAUCAGGAACUCCAAGAAAAUGGGAAGCAAUCAAGCGGCGGUUUCUUUCUUAACCAACGUCGCACGCGCCGCCUUUGGUCUCGGAGCUGCCGCGACCGUCCUCAACGCCUCACUGUACACGGUGGACGGUGGCGAAAGAGCUGUGAUCUUUGAUCGUUUGAGGGGAGUCUUGGAUAAAACGGAGGGGGAAGGGACUCACUUUUUGGUUCCAUGGCUUCAAAAGCCCUUCAUCUAUGAUAUUCGUAUGAAGCCUCACACAUUCUCCUCCAUUUCUGGAACUAAGGAUCUCCAGAUGGUUAAUCUUACUCUUCGUGUCCUUUCUAAACCUAAGGAGGAUAAGCUUCCUGAAAUCUAUCAACGCCUCGGUCUUGAGUACGAUGAGAAGGUUCUUCCCUCCAUUGGAAAUGAGGUGCUGAAAGCUGUGGUUGCACAGUUCAAUGCCGAUCAGCUUCUCACCGAGCGUCCCCAAGUGUCGGCAUUGGUCCGGAGUUCACUAACACAGCGUGCCAGGGACUUUAACAUCGAGCUAGCCGAUGUUGCGAUUACGCACUUGUCGUAUGGUGCUGAAUUCUCGAGAGAGCAGAAGCAGGUGGCACAACAGGAGGCGGAGCGGUCGAGGUACGUUGUGAUGAAAGCUGACCAGGAGAGGCGUGCUGCUGUUAUCCGAGCAGAAGGUGAAAGUGAGGCUGCAAAGUUAAUUUCUGAAGCCACCCAGACUGCUGGUAUGGGGCUGAUUGAGCUGAGGAGGAUCGAGGCAUCGAGAGAAAUCGCUGCAACUCUUGCUAGGACACCUAAUGUGACAUACAUUCCCGGUGGGCAAAGCAUGCUUCUCGCAAUGAAUCCAUCUAGGCCAUGAUGGAACUUAUGACAUGGAAGGAGGCUCAGCCGGUUGUGAAUUCGAAAUAUCUCUUGCUUCGUCGAUGGGUACUUUCUGAUGUUCGAAAGUGUCUUAUGUCUAGGAAAAAAGAGUAUAAAUAAAGUUCUUGAAGAACAUGUCUGGUUUUUGGAUGUCCAGUUGGGAAUCAUAUGGAUAUUAGAGUUAGAUCGUAAGUAAAUUCAGCUACUCCUUAAUCCUACACGUGUGUUUGGUUUCUUAUUGCUAGUAGAAUUCUUCAGAGGAAUUAAUUGAAUCAUUAUUGGUG